CAUCAUUCCGGUCACUCAAGGAAAUUAUUUGACAUUAAACCGAGAAAGGGGUUCUAAUAGAUCUACGAUCCUUUAUAAUGCAUCAAGUCCACAUAAAAUUCCGCUAUGGACGUGCCAUGAGCCAACAUUCGUUAGUCUUUUUCAUUUUGCAGGGUUCGUUAACCUUGCUCCUAAUUAUUUGAUAUUUAAUUCUGUUGGUGACUGUGGCGUUCGGGAUGAUCUCCAAAUUUCCUAUUUUCGUGUACCUCUUUCUCUGAUAUAA